UCGGCCAAGUCAGUUGGCAUCUCGCCGCAUCAACUAAUACGAUGGCUUCGUUUCACGGUUUCACGAAACGAUCUUCCGGCAAAGUCGAUCGACUAGUUGUGAUUUACGCGUGAUUCGGAUGAAAGCAACGCUCGAACUUGAACGAAACGUUACCGCGAUCCAACACGCUUCGCAAUUUUAUAGUGGGUGAUCGUCGCGUGUAUACGUAUAUUUUCGUUUACGUACGGGACAACGUUGAUCUUUUGGCAACAUCGUCGUUGGAAACGAAUCUUAUCGUCGAGAACGUUCGUUCAAAACGAUCUUGUCCGUACAGAGUGCUCGUGACGAAGACUUUCUUGGAUACUAUCAUCUAUCCGUACAAUGACAGUUACUGCGAAUUUUAUUCGAAAGGAUUGAAAUAGAACAGUCCUUAAAAUUCGUUAAAUCAAACGCGCUUGCUAGAUAUUGUAUUUGAUAUAAUACACGCUUAUAGAUUCAUGCGAGCCUUUGCGCUCACGAGAGAUUUUCCUUGCUAUUCAAAUGAUCGACGAUUAAUGUCACAAGAUCGUAAAACGUCCAAAAGAGCAAUUGAUUUAUAGACCUACAGCGAAACGCUUUCAUCGCCAAGCAACGAGUGACAAAAUGUACAUUUAUUAUAUACUGUUAGCAUAAAGAAUCGAUUUCAAGUAAGUGCGGAUCCUACGAAGAGGAAUUUCAUGUUCGUAUAAUACGAUAAUUGGAGCAGUAUACGGUUCGUUUUUAUUUUAUCUAAUUUACAUAUCCCUAGUUGGCAUUCGAUGCAAAGGAAUAAAAGAAAGGUACAGGUAUACGCGUUCCGACCUGAGUUACCCCUUCUUGCAAGACCCGCAGAAACUGAAACGAAUUAUAAUUGAUCGUGACGACCAUGAUCGCAGCCGUUGAUAAUAUACUCGAUAAAAAUUCACUACGAAAAUUUUCACUGUGAAAAGCACCUAACAAAUGUUAAUGUUAGUGUUAAAAUAUUGAAAACAUUGUUGGUCGUUAUUCUGAUAUUUUAAUUAAGACAUUUGAAACGAAUAGGGCAACGAUAAAGGAGCGUAAUAUUUGUUGGAAACGUAUAAAACGUUCUCCAAGCACAUUGGAACCACAUUGAGCCGAUUGGCACGUGGCAUGAGCCUUAAUUACUCUGCCACGCUUCGACCAAGAUUUUCAGGAAAAAACUACGCAUUCGUCUUCGACGUUCACGAAAUUACGUUUCGAAUGAACAGCCUGAUCAAUUCUUGAAACAUUUGUUUCUAAAUUGAAAAUUAGGGAGCAGGAAAUGUUAUCUAACAAUGUUUUAAGCAACUCAUCGACGACAUUAUCGCGUAUUUACUUCAAUAUUUUCAAGUAAUCAAUUUUAAGAAUAAGAAAUAUAUUUGUGCAAUAAUCGAGGCUCGUAAUUUAUCUAUUCGAGUCGAUUCGAUUCGCUCUUCGACUCCAUCGCUAUUCGACUAAAGAGGUUUAUUUCUUAAACGAAAAGAGAACAAUGUUGUGUGCAAAUUCGGGACAAGAAGAAAACAACAGCGUGAUAGUUUCACAAAUGACGAAUCCUCAUACUCCGCAAGAUUUCACGGUCUCGCGCUUACUGUCGACAUCAACUAAUUCGUUAGAGUGCAACGAAAGUUCCACGACACCUACGUGUAGGCGACCCAGAAGGAGUAGGACGACAUUCUCGGCGCAACAAUUAGCCGCGUUAGAGAGGGUGUUUGAAAGGACGCAUUAUCCGGAUGCUUUCGUUCGAGAAGAACUUGCAACGCGUGUAUCUCUAUCGGAAGCCAGAGUGCAGGUAUGGUUUCAAAAUAGACGCGCCAAGUUUCGUCGAAACGAAAGGAGUUCUGCUAUUAACCGAGGCGUUUCCUCGAACAGAGAAGUGGAAACCACUUUACCUUUACGACCUAUCAGAAUAACGCACACGCAGGAAAACAACUCGGAUACUCUACAGACUUCUCAGGUAGCGCAGUAUCCCUACAGCGAAUACUGGAGAUCGUCGCAACACUAUACCUCUAUGCAAGCUUCUACCUGUCAUGGAUUUAUCAAUGGAAAUUUAGGAAAUGUCAAUCUUCCUCCGUAUCAUCAAACGGAAAUUCAUGGGGGAAUCGAAGGAUCUACGAUGAGCAGUUUAAACGCGUUACGAUUCAGAGCACAUCCAUACGGAACUGCGUAUUCUGCCAUGCACGCAAGCAUGUAGCUUUCUCUCUCUCUCACUCUCUCUUUGCAUAAUAAUAUCCCUUUUUAAAUUUCAAGUGAUAGCGAUUUAUAAAAUACCAAAGAUUUUAACGGCAUCGUUUAAGUCAAUGUAAGAAAAAGAAGAUGAUAUAAUAUAAAGGACCAACAGAUCGAA